UUUAACAGCUAGGAAUGAAGGGAUCUCUGCGUCCGCCAAUUCGUGUAAACUGUGUGAAAUGAUUUCGCCUAGCUUAAGUGCAGUGUUAUUUUGUGUGUUAUUGUUAUAUAUAACCCAAGUACGAUCUGAAUUAUCUGCCGAGCAAGUGCCUCCAAAUCCAAGUGCAGCCCAAGUUCUACCAAGUUCCUGCAGGAAUGGGUUAAAUGGUAGUACGUCGGGACCGGAGAUUAGGUUGCCCUUUGUGGAUAUGUUGGUGCGCCAUGAGCAUCCACUUUUCAUACUCCACGAACCGGAUGAGGAUUUACUAUUGCUGCUCCAUGGACCCGAGAUUUUCCAAUUUCACGUGGCCACCGGCGAACGGCGUUUGGUGCCCCUUGGAACUUUAGCCGGUCAGGUAAGGAAUCGCAGAGCUCUCGGCGCAGAGGUCGUGGCCUGGCGGCAGUUCCUGCUCCUAGCCGUCGUCCUCGAGGAUUCCCUAGAGGUGUACCAACUGCCCAAGGAACUGCUUCUCUCCGAAGAUCCCGCCACGCAGCUCAGUUUCGAGCCCCUGCAGGAGUUCUCGCUGCCUGGAGGAUUUAUUCAGCUCCACCUUCUGAAACCCAGUGCCGAACAGGUGCUCCUGCUGGUGGCCUCCAAUCAUACCAGGACACACAGCAAAUGCAGAACCUUUGAGUGGCUGGACACUUACUUUAAUCCCCUCGAGGAGAUCACUGUGCCCGCCAUUCGCGUUCUCCAAGUGGUGGGUCGUCAGCCGCUCUAUAUAAUCUUUGGGCGAUCUUUGAGGGGCUCUCAGUCAAAGCUGGUGCUCACUAUCUACGAGGUGGAUAAGAACACUCAAGCCCUGCUACAUCGACAGGCCUUGACUGUCCAGGCUCAAAGUGUGCAGGCCGCCAGAUUUCGUGGCCGGAACUGCCUCAUCGCCUGCAGUUCCUCAUCCACAUCCACUUCGUGCCUUUUCUUCCGAAUGGUGGAUGGUCAGUUUGUGGUCUAUCGAAAGCAUGCUCGAAGGGAUUUGAGUUUUCUUCGACUGAGUGCCACCAAAAAGGGUCAGCUCCUGAUCGGAGCUCGUUCCAAUGGAGAGGUGAUGGUCUUCAGCUCAACUCGCCUGGAUUGCUACAGUGGUUUUCAAGUGGCUGGGGAAUCGGAACCAAGUGGCUUACUUACCCAUCGAAAUGCACGCAAUGAGAGUUUCCUGCUGCUGGCCUAUCGAAGAUCCUCGAGCGAUCUGAUCCGUACUGUGCAGCUGGGAGGAGUGGAAGAUACCUCCAACCAAGUGGGCGCCGCCCCAGAUGAAGAUCUUAGUGUUGUCCAGUUGCAUCGCCACGAGUUCGAGGAGUCCAUCAAUGCCUUGCGUGGUCUCCUGCUGCGCCGUCGAUCCUCUCUAGAAAUCAUGCGUAGCCGUUAUAACUCUUUAAAGCAAAGAUCUGGCAUUCGCUUGGAGAAACCACUGCAUCUCAUGGAAAAAGGACACAUUGAGCGGCUUGACCUGGUAGACGAUGAACUCCGCACUCCAACUCAGUUGAAAAAGCGUUUUGAGGAACUUCGUCAGCGAUUCGGAGCAACCCGAAUCAGGAGAACUCCUAACGCUUUUGGCACAGGAAAUGAAAAUGAAGAGCUGGAAAAACUCAAAGUGCGGCGGUUGCGAGUCGGUAACCUCAUAUACCAAGGUCAAUUGAUGCCAGGCCAUACUCUGGAUACUUCAGAGCCACCUUUACUGACCAUCAGAAAUAGUCGUCUACUGACCAACACACUAAAAUCGAAAGAACUGGUGACACCUCAGGAUUUUCACAGCUCCAGUAGCUCCCCGAUUCCUUCAGAGGAACCUAAUGGUAGAGAAUGUUUAGUGAAUAAUCUCCAAGUGGAGCAGAUCAAUGGAGUGACUUGGAAUGAGUUUUUGGGCUCGCUAUUUCUGCGAAACCGUGACACAUCUCUAAAAGGACGACUUGUGAUGCAAUCGAAAGCUCGAGUGGAAGACCUGAAGACGCCUCUGCUCAACGGACUGGUGGUUGAUCAGCUUUUCAACCUGCGACGUGCCCAAGUGAUCAGAUCUAAUAUCUACAUGUCCGCUUUUUUUGCUCCUCGUUUGGAGGCUAAGUCGGUAAACGGCCUGAACUUUGCUCAAGAUAUCGUUAUUCGCGGUGGCAAUGAUACUUGGAUAAAAACUCCUGUUCGAAUCAAUCAGAUGAGUGUAUCGGGUGACAUUCAAGUGGACAAACAGAGGGAAUCGCAACCACAAUCUAGGCAAUUCAACGAACCGGAGGAACAUCGUCUUCAGCAGUACUACACGGGCAGGGUUAUAAUCCAGGGAUCCCUGACGGUCAGAAAUGUGCAACGGGAUACGGUUAACUCACUGGUAGUCCUGGGAAACCAAUCUCUGGCCAGAAGUGAUCUCCAUUCAAAUUAUCUUCUGAAUCAGACGUCGCAGAACCUUUCCAAUUUGACCUUUGGGACUGCCAAAGUGACUACGCCAUCUCUGACCACCAAUUAUAUUAACGGACAUCCUUUGGGGGAGCACCUACUCAGCGGAGGACACCAAAAUAGCCACAGCUUUCCAAAUCGCACCCUACACAUAAUAUUCAUGAAUGCCAGCGUUCAAGGAGAUAUUAUUUGUAGGGAUUAUAGCUCGCGUUUGGCGGAGAUCUCAAAGGAUGCAGUGCGUCAUGGUCAGGAGGCGAACAUCACGGGUCACAAAAGCUUUAGGGCACCGCUAACCACUCAAUCUCUUCAAACCAAUCAAAUGAAUGGAAUACCAGUGAGCGAACUAGUGCUAAAAACCAACAUCACCCAAAACUUUAAGGGAACUAAAAGUUUUGCCCGAUUGGUGGUGACGGAUGAACUAAAGGUGCAAAAUCACUUGAAUGUGAGUCGUCUAAAUGGAAUGCCAUUGCAGCAGCUUCUUAGCCAUGAUAUUAGCCUGCAGCGACUGGAAUUGACAGAAAUGCCACAUUUGCAGAAUCUUAGGUUCCGACGACUUAAUGGAUUGCCCUUUGAUGAACUGCUGUCCAAGAUCUCGGACGGGAAUGAACAGCCCCUACUUCUCCACAAGCAACUCCUUAUCGAGGGUAAUGUGCGCUUUGAAAAACCUAUUCAGCUGCAGACUAUUAACGGAAUCCAAUGGGACGAUUACCUGAGUCGCCUGGUAAGACCCGAUUCCAAUGCGGAAUUACGAGGAAAGAAAACCUUUCUGGCGGAUGUCCAAAUAAACGAUGCUCUUCAUGCGCCCCACAUAAAUGACCUCGAUCUAAGUUCCCUGCUGGAUAACACUUUGCUGCGAAUGACACCCCAGCAGAUCAGUGGAGCCUACACUUUCGACAGGAUGAUGGCUACCAAUGUGGAUGUGUCUCAAAUAAAUGGGGUGCCAGCAGAAGAAUUUAUAGACACGCGAAAGGAUUUGGAACUUAAGGGUGAUCUCUACCUGAAGCAGCUCAACAUCAAUGGUAGCUUAAAGUGCCCGUUAGUCAAUGAACCAGGAUUAAGUGAUCUUAAGCAAAGAGUGGAGCGAGUGCAGCAACUUCCCUGGCGGAAUUUGAUAGUCACCGGAGAUGCUCUAUGGGAUGGUGAGGAGCAGACCCAAUCCCAACUGGAUUAUCUGCGUCAGCAUGCUGUGAAAAAAUACGGAAAUCAGAGCAUUACGGGACAUGUACUCCUAAAGAAACCCAACCUGAAGAAUGUUCAAAGCAAGCAGGCUCUGCCUGUUGAACUUAACUUUACCCAUUUGGCCGAAGAUGCCCUACUCCGUAGGAGUGCCACAAACGAAACCCAGGUGAUCUCAGCUCCCCAAGAGCUGCUGGGAUCAGUUAAAGCUAAAACCCUUUAUUUAGAAAAGGAUGCACACUUUGGACUGGUGAACGGAAUCGAUAUAAGACGAUUCAAUGCCUCACUGUAUCGCCUCUCUAGUGGAGAAGUCAUUGCAGCGGCUCUUCACUUUGUCCACGCUCCUAAGAUUGGUAAACUUCAACUCGAGCAUCCAGAAGUAAAUGGAGCUCCAAUUGAGAAUAUCUUUCAGCAGGGAAAAGACCAAUCCUGGCCAGCGGUAAUAUUCAAGCAGCUCCUCGUCGAACAAGAUCUUCAUCUGGAAACCGUAAACGAUAUGAGUUUGGAAUACUUCCUUCAGCAUCGCAUUCCCCUGAAGGGAGAAGCUUUGGAGGUAUUUGGAUCGCUGAGUUUCGAGCAUCUUGAGCUGGACGGGCAACCCCUUCUUCGCUCCAUUAAUGGCAUUCAGCUGGACAACUUGGUGUUCCUACACAGCAAUCAGGCACAAAGCAUCUCGGGUGCUAAGACCUUCCACGGCGGUGUUGAGUUCAAUGGACCCGGGCAUGUGAUGCAUUUAAAUGGACGUGAUCUCAGCGAGAGUUAUAGGGGCAGCAUCUUCCGAAACAACGACUACAAUAUUGAUAGUCUAGUCCUGGACAAAGCACUCUUCCCAGGAGGUCUUGUUUCGGCAGGAAGUCAAAGUCAAAGUCCCGGUCAAAUGCGGGCAAUGGAAAGUCAAAGCAAUCAACUAGAGGAGCUGCAGGAACUUCUAACGGUCGGUAAUCACAGUUCCUACAGGCGACUGCUUUAUCUGGACCAUGAUCCUAAAACACUGGAGUUCACUUGGGUGAAACCCCCUUUGAAAGGGUCCCCGGACCAACAGAUGAGCUUUCCUUUGGGUGAUACUGUUCCCUGUGAGCGUCGCAGCAUACAGGCCCAGCUUCUGAUCUCUGAAAGCCGUGUGCUCCUGGCCAAUGAAAGUGUGUCCAAUCAACUGAUGCGACUUAACUCCGGAGAUGUCAGGGUGAAGGUCCAGAAUCACUGCCAUCGUCCAGCCAGGAGAUUACGCAGCAGGAUAACCAUUAGUUGCCGCAAUGAAUCACAUACUCUGGGAAUGCGUCAGCCAGUGGAGGCGAUGGAGCUAUUGGAAAUGGAGGAUAUGGUUCUACUGCUUUUGGGUACCGAAGAGGAGGUGCGGGUCUUGCGAUUGAAGAGGCGUGACUGUAGUCUUACCGAUUGGCAAUCCGUUGUGCCGGCGGAUGGUCGCCUAAUGAAGGUGAUUCGAAUGGGGGAAGGGACUCGAAAGGACCUACUUCUCACCAGUGGUAUGCGUAAUCAUCGUCCUGUCCUGGCCAUCCAUUUGAGGCAUCCCUCAAACCAUACCUUCAAGUUGCUCCAGUUGAUACAGGGCUCCUACGAUCUGGCAGAGAUGCAAGAGAAUCAACUAAUGGUCAGCUGUCUGGGUUGUCGUCAUGUAGCCAUAUUUAUGCGCAACUCCCUUCCCGAUGAAAUACACUUUAGUCCCAUCCAACAGUUGGGUUUCCAGGAGCGCAUUCAACAGCUAACCCCAUUUAAAGUUGGCAAAGAGCAGUAUCUUUUGGUAAUAACCCAACCGGAGGAGGAACACUUUUAUCUAUUCAGCUAUAAUCAAUUGGGCGGUUGGCGACAACGAACAUUUGGCAACAAAAACCAGCACCAUUGGGCGUGGCCAUUGGUAAGAUCUGGACAGAAAGUCGAAUCGGAAGAAUCCCCAAUUCUGCUGCUCUGUGGAAAGGAAAGGAAAUGCAGCCUGGUCAAAGCCGUGUUGGGCUAAUAAUUGUUUCAUAUUGUAAACUAUGUAUAUUUUUAUUUAUUGUAUAUAACUAUGCCUAUGCUAUGCGUAUUAAUGAAUUGUUAAAUCUUGUUAAACCAAA